AUGUGUGAAGGGACAGGGGGAGGAGGGAGGCCAAGCCCAGCACUGGGCAAGGGCCCGCCCAGGGGUGAGGGAGGGAGGCUGGGCUCCCAAGCCCUGGGAAGGGUUCACACCUCACACGGGUUACCUCAGUCACCAGCUCUGCUGCCCAGGCGCAGUCCAGCGCCACCACAGCCACCACCACUGCUGCAACCCGAGCCUGUGCAGUAGCUCUCAGAGGGUAAGGAGCCCAGCUGGGCUGACUCCGGACACACGGGGUCCCCUCCCAAACCUGCCUCGGCCCCCUAAGCUCUGCUCCAGCACUAGAACCCCCACCCCUGCCCCUUGACCCUGCCUUUUGUCCUCAGGUCCCCUGGGCGCCAUCAGCGAUGCCUCUUGGCCCCGGCUCAGAGACCAGGUGCCCAAUCCCCAGCCUGAGUCCCGGUGUGCAUCUCUGAGCCCCCGCCCCAUGCCCAGGCCCCCAUGGCGGGCGCAGUGGCGGCAGGCGGGCGGCGGCCCCCUCGGGUCAGCAUGCAGGAGCACAUGGCCAUCGACGUGAGCCCAGGCCCCAUCCGGCCCAUCCGCCUCAUUUCUGACUACUUCCCGCACUUCUACCCCUUUGCUGAGCACGCCCCGAACCUGCGCACCCCAGUGGCCCUCGCCACCCGCUCUGCACCCCUGCCUCAGCCUGACCCGGAGCCAGAGGGGGACUCGGACAACAGCACUGCCCUGGGCACCUUGGAGUUCACGCUUCUUUUUGAUGUGGACAACAGCGCCCUGCACUGCACGGCUCAUCGUGCCAAGGGCCUCAAGCCACCGGCCUCGGGCUCUGUGGACACCUAUGUCAAAGCCAAUCUGCUGCCAGGGGCCAGCAAGGCCAGCCAGCUUCGGACACGCACCGUUCGGGGCACCAGGGGACCUGUCUGGGAGGAGACACUCACCUAUCACGGCUUCACCCCUCAGGAUGCUGCGCGCAAGACCCUGCGGCUGUGUGUGUGCGAGGACCCACGGCUGCGGCGACGGCGGCGGGCGCCUCCCCUGGGGGAGCUGCGGGUGCCCCUGAGGAAGCUGGUGCCCAACCGAGCCAGGAGCUUUGACAUCUGUCUGGAGAAGCGGAGGCUGACCAAGAGACCCAAGAGCCUGGACACAGCCCGUGGCAUGUCCCUGUAUGAGGAGGAGGUAGAGGCGGCCGGUGAGGAACGGGGGCGCAUCCUGCUGUCACUGUGCUACAGCUCUCAGCGGGGUGGCCUGCUGGUGGGGGUGCUGCGCUGCGCCCACCUGGCCCCCAUGGACGCCAAUGGCUACUCAGACCCCUUCGUCCGCCUUUUCCUGCAUCCAAACGUGGGGAAGAAAUCCAAAUAUAAGACCAGCGUUCGGAAGAAGACCCUGAACCCUGAGUUCAACGAGGAAUUCUUCUACGCAGGCCCACGGGAGGAGCUGGCCCAGAAGACGCUGCUGGUGUCUGUGUGGGACUACGACCUGGGCACGGCCAACGACUUCAUCGGCGGGGUGCAGCUGGGCAGCCGCGCCAGUGGGGAGCGCCUGCGGCACUGGCGCGAGUGCCUGGGCCACAGCGACUGCCGGCUGGAGCUGUGGCACCCGCUGGACGGCAAGCCCCUCCAGCUCAGCGACUAGCCCGGCCGGGCCCUGCUUGCUGCCCCUCCCCCACAGCUGCCCACACUGUCCCCACGGAGCUGGUAGAGCCUGGGGCCUGCUUCACCCACCGUGCCCAGCCCCCAGCCAAACGGGCAUUUCCUGUCUCCCCUCUCACAUUCACCCCACCCCAAAUCACAAAGCUUAAAUAAACAUGUCCUUCAAGCCAGACGGAAGCCUGUCUCUUCUCUGGCCACAGCCAGACUGGGCCCCGGUCUCCACCUCCCACCCUCCAGGGGCUUGUGCUGCACUGGGCCCAGAUGUGACCUCAGGCCACAGUGACCAGGCCCAGCCCUCCCAGUCCCCUAUCCACCCUGACUUUUCCACUCAGAGACUCUGCUCAGGAUGGUCUGGGACUGACUAACUGACCCCCAAAAGGCCAAG